AUGAUGAAUCAGUGGAUUGAACGUGGUGUUCUUGGAGACAGAGAUUUGACAGCCAUGCAAAAGAUAGCUGAUAAGAUGAUUGUAUUAAGGGGAUAUACUGCAUUGAAAAGCAAAAUUGGCAAAAAAUUUGCAUUUAUGAAAGCAGAUGAGUGGAAGUCAUGGGUAUUGAUAUAUUCUCCUGUGGUGUUGAAGUUGGUGCUCUCAUCCUUGCAUUUCAAUAACUGGAUUGAUUUUGUCCAUGCAUGCUGUCACCUUGUAAAGCCCAGCAUUACAUUUGAUGAUAUUAAUACCGCCCAUAGACAUCUCGAAAAAUUUUGUGAAAAAUGCAAUGAAAUUUACACUGUCACAAUCCUUACCUAUAAUAUGCACUUACACCUCCAUAUUCAAGAAACUAUUCUCGAUUUUGGACCAGUGUAUAGUUAUUGGCUCUUUGCAUUUGAGAGAUACAAUGGCCUACUCAAGAAUAUCAGCACAAACAGCAAGAACGGUUUUGAAGCCACAUUUAUGAGAUGCUUUGUUGAAGAUAUAUACAAAAGUGAUUUUGUUAAUUCUGCUCUCACAUGUCCCACUCAAGCUCCCUUUCUUUCUGUCUUUACCUUGCCAUCUGCCUCCUCCACAAUUGUUCAGCCACCAUUCAUUUUGCAAGCAUUUGUGGAUUCUUCUGAAACUACCAGAAUUCCUAUCUUAGGCAACAAACCUCUCCCACCUACAUUCUUUCCACUUUCAGUUAGUAAACCUUCUUCAAUGAGUGAUAUUAAUUAUCCCCAUUUGUUGGAAUACUAUAAACUUGCAUACCUCACUCCUGAUCUCAUCCAUUAUCAAAAUGCUGCUGCCUCUCCAUUCUUUGUCAACAAUCAGAUUAUAAAGUUGAAAUCAAUCAAUAUUCUUGGCCAAGUGUACUAUGGCAAUAAUGGCACCACUGGCCGCGGAUCAUAUGUCCAAUCAUUGUUUCUUGGCAGUGAUGGAAGUACAGAAACAACCUUCACUUGUCAAAUCAAGUAUAUCUUCAUUCAUUCAUUUACUCCUCCUUCAAUGUCGCCCUACUAUGAAGCCGAUUCCACUCAUCAUGAUCAACAUAUAUUUGCGUUUGUCAACUGGCUUCCAUUACUUGGAGAUGAAUCACAAGAGAAAGAUGGAGUUGAUAUUUGUGGUUCAACACCUUUGCCAUCAAACUAUCAUUCAAUUUUGCCUGUACAUAGAAUCUCUUUAGAAGUAGCAAUUGCUAAUCAUACAACAGGACUUGUCCAAAAAAAACUGGUAAUUGCCUUACCAAAAAAGCUUUAUACUUAA